AUGCGAAGAACAGUCCACCAGUGUCCUGCCGACAUUGUCUUAGCAGCAUCAGGGUGCCCCUUGACUGACCUCGAGUACGCCGACGAUGUUGUUAUAUUCGCGGAAAACAGUACGAAACUUCAGCAUGUUGUCAACCUUGCAUCGAAGCUGGCUGCAGCCUACGGACGCCUACGCCUUGAUAAAUGCAAGUGGAUCACUUCGAGACCUCGAACGGGAAUCAGGGUGGACGGACAACCAGUUGAACCCGUCGAUGAGUUCUGUUACCUGGGCUGUAUGCUGAAGAAAAACGGCAGCCACGAGAAAGAUGCAGUAAGGCCAUUUCAACAUUCAACUCGUUAA